CGGCUGCGCCGCGCCGCGAGCGGGCGCACCAGGAUUUCUCCAAAGCCUGUAAAAACUCCAGAGACUGUAGACUCCACCUUUAGCCCCUUCCUUAAAAAAUUCCUAGAGCUGGAUCCUCUGACUGGGCCUGAGCAGGGUCUGCAUCAGUGUGUCUCCAUUGAUGCCAGGAGUUUGUGCUGUCAGAGGUGACGUCUCCAGCAGAGGAUAGUUUCACACCUUGUAGGAGCAGGAAGUUGUUGAAGAUUUCUGUGGUGGACUUGUGCAAAAAACACAAAUUUUUCUGCUGUAGGUGCUUUCUGGAUAAUGGCGAAGAUGGUGAGAAGAACAUGUGCAUUUUGUGCAGAAGGGGAGGCUUGCUCUGUGAUGUAUAUUGCCACAGAGAGCGAUAUUGCAGCUCAUCAGGAUUGUCUGUUAUUUUCCUCAGGAUUUGUGGAAUCUGAAGAUCAAAACCCAGAAAAUCUAGGAAUAAGGUUUGAUGUGUCAUCAGUGUUAAAAGAGCUCAAGAGAGGAAAGCGGCUGAUGUGCAACUUCUGCCAGAAGAAGGGGGCCACGGUGGGCUGCGAGGAGCGCGCGUGCCGCAGGAGCUACCACUACUUCUGCGCGCUCUGCGACGACGCGGCCGUGGAGACCGACCAGGUCAACGGCGUCUACCGAGUGUUCUGCCCAAAACAUGACCCAGGGAAUAGGACCAAUCACUAUGAUGCAGCUAAUAGGAAAAGAAGACGUACAUUGACAUCUCCUACCGUCACAGAAGAAAUGAGUACAGAAGAGACAGCAGAAGAAAACCACUUACGAAUACUAAAAAGAAAAAACAACAGGCAUAAAGUUCGAAUAGAAUUUGUUAGGAAGUGCAAACAAGCUGGGCUUCUGGAUGACAUAUUUGAAGAAAUGCUGGACACACUUCACCUGGCUCAGGAAAAACUGAUGAAUGACAACACUUCAGAAACAGAGUAUGAAGAAACAGUGAUGGCACUGUUUGACUGCGGACUGUUUGAAAAUAUACUGACAAAUGUUUAUUCAGGAACAGAAGAAAAAAUCCAGAAACUUCUGGAAAGCAGAAAGAGACUGGAUCACAAGAUUGAGCUACUGCGGGACUUAAAAGAAGCCAUCCUUCCUCCUCCAGAGAACAUUGCCAGUACAUCCAGUACUGUGUCUGAAUAACCCCUGUCUAUGAUGGUGCAAUAGUUAUGAUUUUCUAAUGAUAAAAACCAUAGAGCAGUCUGGUCAGUGCCCAAUUUCCCAGCCCCAAGAUGAGGGCUCAAUGGGUGUGAGAAUGGGGCGUUAUACUAAUUUUUAUAUUUCACUGUUAUAAUAAUUUAAAGCUCUUCAGGUUUUCAAAUCUUCAUCUACUUCCCUGGUUUGACUAUGAAUUUCUAUUUAUAUUCCAUAAUGGAAUAUAAAUGAGUGUUAUAAACUAUAAAUUUAGCUUUUGCAAAAAAACCAAACAAAAUGCUCUAAUGAUGACUUCUUCUCUCAAAGCCAAGGGAGUGUUCAGCUGCCACAGAACACUUACUAAAGUCACUUUAAUUAUGGGAACCCUCUCCUGGCUGGGCAGUAGCUACCUCACUGUCUGUGUCUGGACAGGGAUGUCUGAAAGACCAUAGUGCUGCUUUGACUUUCCCAAAAAAGAUAAAUCAGCACAACUUGCACUCAGAGAAGCUUUCUGGAUUAUAAACAGGAGCUUAAUUAAAAAAAAAAAAAACAAAUUUUUCUUUAUUGACAGGUCAAGGUGUAGCUGUUCCUGCUGUCAUGUCAGUAGUAAAGCAGUGUUUGCAGGCAGUCCAGAAAGGGCUGGGCAUUAGAUCAUGUACAAUGUCAGAUGGAGCAAAGCAGUGACUGCAUCUUCCUUUCUGAAACCCUUAAGGAAGGGUUCAGCUUUCAUGUGUUUUGUCUUUAAAAUAUUGUUUGAAUAUAGCAAAGCAUUGUUUAGCCACAACAGGCUAAGUGAAUAAAAAUGAAACAUUUUUUAAAGGAGCUGUGUGUGGAAUUGUGCUCCCUGUCCCUGCUGCUGCACAGGACAUAGCCAAGGAGGAAUGCUGUCACAUCGUGCUUUACCCAGCCCUUGGCUGAAGGACAAGCAGGGCAUUGGCAAACAGCACUUGGUGUGACACAUGUGACAUCCUGUUACAACAGCUGUACUCUCUCCCUUGCAAUUCCUCACCUGAGCUUGUUCUG